AUGGCUUCCGCUCGUAAGAUUGUCGGGCAGGCCGCUUCCAAGGGGCCGAGCCCGAGCGUUAUCAAAGAGAUGAUCUACGGGAUAAGCCUUGGCCUUGCUGCCGGAUUCUUUUGGAAGAUGUACCACUGGAGCAGCCAAAGGAGAACCCGGGAGUUCUACGACCUCCUCGACAAGGGCGAGAUUAGUGUAGUGGUUGAUGAGUAACGUACGUGCAUUGGGCUAACACGUAAAGACGC